UCUUGGCUGCAACAACAGCAACCAUUAUCAACAUCCCAUUUUCACUAGAUUUGUUGUCAAGAAUUUCCAUUUUAUUUUCAUUUACACUUUUUAUAAAGUAACUACAUGCAAUUGUAAAGCAAAAGUUUGAGCUAGUAGCCAGGGUUUUGCCAGCCAGAAAUGCUCACUCAACAACAGCUUCAUAGCUGCUUAAGCUAGUUUGUGGCUCCAAAUGUGAUGUACUGAAAGUUGUUGGGAUCACAAGUUUCAAAAAACCUUUGUGGGUGGUAAGUAUUUCUUGACAAGAAAAAAGGAGAAAGAAACACAAACUUACCUGAUAUUUUAAGAACAGUGAAAGUGGUUUGGUUUCCAUUCGAGACUUGCAUAAAUAAGGAGUAUUUGAUCUGGGUUUUCGAUAAGGAGCUUCUGAUAUUUGGUUUUGGUCACAUCUCAACUCCAUUACUAUUUUCUUGAUGGAAAUCAUGUUUACACUUUAUACUACUGCUGAUUAAUUUUUGCUCUCUUGAAGCAUGAAUGCAAAUGGUGCAUUAUGAGGUUUGAAUAUAGAAUUUGGCCUUCCCAAAGGCAUUUUUACAUCCCAGACUGUACUAUUUACUGAUUUAUUAUAUGCAUUCUUGGUAUAAAAGAGAAGCAUGCAACUCAAAAGCAUUAAAACUGUCUUAUUCAAAUUCUAGUCCUCGUGGCCCAUUAUCUGAAGUUUAGUGUUGAUGUGGGUGUGGAUUCCAUUGUCUUUGAAUAGUUAGGUUCGAAUUCUGCAAUGGGAGAUAUCAGCUUAGUGCUGAGAGGUUCCUCUCAGUGGGUCUUGAUGAGCACAUGGAAAGUUGAAUUUCUUGUACAACUUGUGGCUUUAUUAAAUUUGUGGUGGGUAGUUUCAGGUUUAGGCUCAAUGUCUACCAUUGCCAUUUCUUAUGGUGAGAAUGGUCCUGUCUUCUGUGGGUUAAAAUCCGAUGGUUCUCAUCUUGUGACCUGCUAUGGAUCGAACUCGGCGGUAAUAUAUGGGACCCCUUCUCAUUUCCCAUUUGUGGGUCUAACUGCUGGUGAUGGCUUUGUUUGUGGGUUGUUGAUGGAUUCCAACCAACCUUAUUGUUGGGGAAGCAGUGGCUAUGUCCAAAUGGGAGUUCCUCAGCCAAUGAUCAAGGGAGCUGAGUACAUAGAAAUAAGUGCUGGAGAUUACCAUUUAUGUGGUUUGAGAAAGCCUUUAACAGGAAAGCGAAGAAAUUAUGCUUUGGUUGAUUGUUGGGGAUAUAACAUGACCAAGAACUAUGUAUUUGAUGGGCAGAUCCAGUCAAUCUCUGCAGGCUCUGAGUUUAAUUGUGGAUUGUUUUCUCAGAAUAAGACUGUUUUCUGUUGGGGUGAUGAGACCAGCAGCCAUGUCAUUGGCAUGAUUCCAAGAGAAAUGAGGUUUCAAAAGGUUGCAGCUGGUGGUUAUCAUGUGUGUGGAAUUCUGGACGGGUUGAAUUCUAGAGCCUUUUGCUGGGGAAGGAGCUUGAACCUUGAAGAAGAACUCUCAGUGGCAUAUUCUCGUCAAGGAAAUGUUGAUUUGCCACCAAAAGAUCCGAUGCUUACGGUUGUUGGAGGAAAAUUCCAUGCUUGUGGGAUCAAGAGCAGUGAUCAUGAAGUGGUUUGCUGGGGUUUUAUUGUCAAACCAAGUACCCCAGCCCCUAGAGGCGUUAAAAUCUAUGGAAUUGCAGCUGGAAAUUACUUCACUUGUGGUGUUAUAGCCGAGAAAUCCUUUCUCCCAGUUUGUUGGGGUGUUGGCUUCCCUAGCUCAUUCCCUCUAGCUAUCUCACCUGGACUUUGCAAAGACACUCCUUGUGCAUCUGGUUCCUAUGAAGUUACUCAAGACAAUGCACCUUGCAAGUCUCCUAACUUUCAUAUUUGUAUGCCCUGCAGCAAUGGCUGCCCUCCUGAAAUGUACCAAAAAUCUGAAUGUACUUUGAAAUCUGAUAGAGUGUGUGAUUUUAAUUGUUCUAGUUGUAACUCAGUGGAAUGCUUCUCAAAUUGUUCUUCUUCAGAUUCUGAUGCUGCUAAUGGUAGAAAGAAUGAAAGGUUUUGGUCACUGCAAUUGCCAAUCAUCAUCGCGGAGAUUGCCUUUGCUGUGUUGCUGAUGACCAUUGUGUCCUUAACUGCAGUUUUGUAUGUUCGCUACAGGUUGCAGAGCUGUCACUGCUCAUCAAAUGAGUCGAAGUCCAAGAAAGCUAAUGGGAGUGCUUCUUACCAAAAAGACAAUGGGAAAAUCCGUCCCGAACUGGAUGAGCUUAAGAUCAGGAGAGCUCAGAUGUUCACUUAUGAAGAACUUGAGAAGGCCACAGGUGGGUUCAAAGAAGAAUCCGUGGUUGGAAGGGGAAGUUUCUCAUGUGUUUAUAAGGGGGUAUUGAAGGAUGGGACUGUCGUUGCAGUCAAAAAGGCUAUAAUGUCUUCGGAUAAGCAGAAGAAUUCAAAAGAGUUCCACACAGAGCUAGAUCUACUGUCAAGACUGAACCACGCCCAUCUAUUGAAUCUGCUCGGCUAUUGCGAAGAAGGUGGAGAGCGGCUUCUUGUUUAUGAGUUCAUGGCUCAUGGAUCUUUGCAUCAGCAUCUUCAUGGAAAGAGCAAAGCCUUGAAAGAGCAGUUGGAUUGGGUCCGAAGGGUCACCAUUGCAGUCCAAGCUGCCCGGGGAAUUGAAUACUUGCAUGGUUAUGCUUGUCCACCAGUGAUUCACAGGGACAUCAAAUCCUCAAAUAUUCUCAUCGAUGAAGAACACAAUGCUCGAGUGGCUGAUUUUGGUCUCUCUUUGCUAGGACCUGCCGAUAGUGGCUGCCCAUUAGCUGAGCUACCUGCUGGAACACUUGGUUAUCUUGAUCCAGAGUACUACAGGCUUCACUACCUCACAACUAAAUCCGAUGUCUAUAGCUUUGGUGUGUUACUUUUGGAAAUUCUAAGUGGACGAAAAGCCAUUGACAUGCAAUAUGAAGAAGGGAAUAUUGUGGAGUGGGCAGUUCCUCUGAUUAAGUCAGGAAACUUACCUGCAGCUCUAGAUCCAGUCCUGAAACCUCCAGCUGACCUUGAAGCCUUAAAAAGGAUUGCAAAUGUGGCUUGCAAAUGUGUUAGAAUGAGAGGAAAGGAGAGGCCAUCAAUGGAUAAAGUGACCACAGCCUUAGAGCGGGCUCUUGCACAGUUGAUGGGCAGUCCAUGUAGUGAACAACCAAUUUUGCCAACUGAGGUGAUCCUGGGAAGCAACAGAUUGCACAAGAAGUCCUCUCAAAGGUCUUCCAACAGGUCGGUCUCGGAAACUGAAGUAGCAGAACCUGAGGAUCAAAGGUUUGAGUUCAGAGCUCCUUCAUGGAUUACUUUCCCAAGUGUCACUUCUUCUCAGAGGAGAAAAUCUUCAGCAUCGGAAGCAGAUGUUGAUGGAAAGAACUUAGAAGGAAGAAACAUGGGCAAUGUGGGGAGUGUUGGGGAUACUUUGAGAAGCUUGGAGGAAGAGAUAGGUCCUGCUUCUCCUCGAGAAAGCUUGUUCUUGCAACACAAUUUCUAAAAUGACUCCAGAGACUGUUGAAUUGUUAUCUGUGGUGGAGGGAUGUGAUUCGUUUGUUGAAGGAAAUGGAAAUGGAAAUGUAAAAAUGGAGAAUGGGAGGAUGUAAUUUCAGGAUUUCUAGUAUUGCCACUACGACUGCCUUCUUGUUUUGUAACUUACAGCUGCUUAAUUUUGUGUGAUUCAACUCUGACAAAUUGGAUUUUUUUUUUCUAUGAGAAUUA